CAUCCUUGGCAGUUGCCAUUCCCGUCGACACGCGUUGCCCUCUUGACACUUGCCCGUUUUCCGCGCUGUAUUUGAUUUGUCGCUUUGCACUGCAGGCAAAGAGACAUCAGCAUGCCCACCCCAGCCGUCCGCUCGAGAACGCCGAGUGGGCAACGAGCAGGGCCGCAGCAAACGGCAAAUGCAAGUCUAGCCUCGACUUCGAACCCCCGAGCAGCCCCUGGUCGUCGAAUGCGGGUGUUCUGCCUCCUGAUUAGACAGAGCGUACUCCGAACCAGCCAGCCCUCGAACCGCCAGACCCACGUCGUCCGUCGUCACCGACUCCAAUUCUUGCUGCCCUAAGACCCAAGAGAACGGAGAAGUAGCCGUCUAGACCUUGAUACUUCGAUUCCCUCCUCCGGUCCUUCAAUUCACAAUGCUGCCCGCCAGCUUACGGCGGCUCCUCGUUGGCCUCUGCUUUGUCACAUGCGUCGGCGCAGAUGCCGGAGAUGAUUUCUCCAACAACUUGUUCUCCGACCUCGCCCCGUACGCGCUGCAGUCUGUCCAUUGCAAUCUGUGCGGAGAUAUGCUGACCUUGAGCCGCGCGGCAUCUAGCCUACUGGCCCUGUUUGGAGAGAGGGUCACCACGCAGUUCAUGAGCCAGUCUAUGGGUUGGGCCGACAACAUUGUCCUGGCCAUGGCCCCACUGGGCGUAAUCACCGCUAUCGUCGGUGCCAUCCGAGUCGGCGGCCCGUCGUGGCUCAAGGCCAUCAUCGGAAGGGCAAGGGAGAGCCGUGCCGUCGUUGAGGCCGAGCUGAUGUCCUCUACCUCGAAUGAAGUGUGUGAGCUCUGGAACGGCCAGCAAAUCGUCAGGGUAAUGGGAGAAGGGCCGAUUCGGGAAUUCAUCAUCCUGAUGCCCAAGGAGGGUGAGAACGGGAACCAAACGAGGACGGCAAUGACUCCAGAGGAGAUGCCGAUAAAGAAACUAAACGAUGCCGUUCUCUCCAAGCCAGGAAUUGCCACGGAUCCCAAUAGCUUCGACAAAUGGUACUAUUUGACAAAAUACAGUGAGUACCCUGACCUACAUUUACUCCCUCUCUCUUACUUUAUCGCCAGAGCCCGUAAUUCUAGAACGCAUAUUCGGCAGCUACUACCAGAAAAGUCAAGGUUCUUCCCAAACUAAGAAACGUCCCACUGGAGUGAGAGUCCGGGAAGUUCAUCAAUUGAC